AUGACAAAACUUCGUGAUGGUCAGAUUUUGGAAACCUAUUAUGAUAAACUAAAUGAAUGUAUAAAAGAUAUGGAAGAUUGUGGCGUACGGCUAAAGUCUAUGCUAGACCAAUUGAAUGCUUUGAGACAACUAAGUCAAAAUGAAUCAAUUUACCAACAGUAUGCCACAUGCCAAUCGACAUUGGACUCAUCCGUAAAAGUAAAAAGUGAUUCUGCACUAGAUGAUAACAGUUUGUCUACUUUAAAUUCGACUCGAUCAUAUCCAUUAACAUCAUUAAAACAACAAACACAACAACGGAAGUUCAGGGAGACUUACUUAUGCGAAAUAUUGAACAUUGAAAUAAACGGACUAAUCAAACAAAUUGAACGUGAUUCAAGCAUUCGAAAAUAUUUAGUGAAAAUUAUAUUACCUAGCACUUCACAUUAUUUUCAAGUGAAUACUUUUGUUCAGGAUAAUGAUGAUGCUGUCCUAACAAAAUUUGUGUCAAUUUGGCGUCAUUUUGGACAAUAUGUUUCAUGGUUUACUGUUAUAUCAAUGUCUGAGCAUAUUUUGAAAACUUUCAAUAAUACAAACUGA